AUUGAAUCCAGAGCACAAGUUUAUAGUGUUGACAAAGGGAGGGAGGGAGAGCUGGAGCAAAAAUAUCAUGUGCCUUGGCAUGUGGAUGUGUACAUGUACAUAGACGAGUCAAUGAUCUCAACGUUCCUGUCAUAUCAAUAAACACAUCACAAGUUCACCAGGAGUGCUUUAGACAUCAUUAAGGUCGAGUUUGACUUUAUAUUAUCUUUGACUUUACUUUGACCCUUGAAACGCCAGUGCAGUGCUGAGGGUCUGUUUACACUGAGCCCUGAUCAUGGAGGACUGAAAUCCUCUUUCACUCACUUUGGAUUUGAAAGUUACUUUGGUUUGGAUGGAAAUUGCAUUUCUUCUAUUACAGGUAGAAAUAUAAAUAUAUAACUGUGUAGCAGGUUUUCAUAUUGCGUUGUUUCUGGGUUGAUGUUUUGGGUUUUUUAAACAAACUGUAAAUCCUGAUGAUUAUUAAUCCGGAUCAGAAAUUAUACACUUUUCCAUGAUAAACUAACAGCUUGUGCAGAAUUAAAUGGGUUAACUAACACGACAUGGAUUUGUUUUUCUGUUUUACAACUUUCCAAAAGUAGCUCUAAUAAGAUUUUGCUUAUUAUGUUGUUAUUAGUUUCGUACGCACGUGUAAUCACCCUUCGUAAAUCCUUCCACAUGUUGUAGCAUUCGAUCCUGGGCUCAGGUUGCUGUCUCUGUUAACUUUCACAUGUUCUACUCAUGCCUGAGAAAGUUUCCUUCAGGUUCUCCGGUUUCCUGCCACCUCCUGAAAACAUGCCAGUUGGUGAAUAGAAAACUAAUUUGCCCCACAAUUUGUCGAGACCACAUGACACCUUUAAUAUGGAUGAGUUAACAUUAUGGGCCAUUGUUUAAAAAUUAUAGGUUAUUUUGUGACUAUUCAUAGCAUAUACAGUACACUGUGUGGCUAAAGAUUUGUGGACAUCUGAUCAGAAUACCCAAAUGCGGUUCUUCCCUAAACUGCUUGUGUGGGGUUUUCUGUGGGUUCGCUGUUUUUUUUUUCAACCUCCCAGUAACAUGUUGGUACUGUAAGUGAAUUGGAAACUCUUAAGUUGGGAAAAAAAUCAUAGGGGUGAAUACUUGUGCAAGCUCUUGUGUUUAAAUUAAGAAGGAUUGACAUUUAAGACAUACAUUUAUUGUCCCAAUGCACUGCAAUUAUUUUAAAUUUCAAUUGUAUUGGUCACAUACAAGACCAUACGCAGUGUUACAAGAAGAAAGGUGCUUUUUUUCUGAAUGUCUGUGACAUAAGUAGAAUUUUCAAUAAAAAUAUACUUUACCGAUACAGGUAGGAUUUGUACGUAGUUAGUGACAAAAUCAGUGACAGAAGCAGUAUGACUACAUAGUGUGUAGUAUGUACAAAAGCCGUAUCAGGCUGGUUGUGGAUGUUGUUCAGACAAGUGUGAUCUAUUGUCCUGGUUGAGGGCCUGAAUAGCCUGCAGGGAAGAAGCUCCUCCUGAUUCUCUCUGUGUUUGUCUUUAGGGAGUCGAAGCUCUUUUGUGACUACAGCAGAGAUCUGAGUCCGUUGUUUUGGAUGGUUGAGGUACUUCACAAUCAUUUUGGCCUUGUUCCAGUACCGCUUGCAGCAGAUAGACAGAAGGGCAGAGAGAUCAGUGGGCAUGGUUCCCUCAGAUGAUAGCACCACCCUCUUGAGCUUGAUUUUCCUGCUUGGUUCUUAAACCCGGCUGUGAUGCUUUCCAUCAGGAUGCUCUUGAUGGUGCAGGUGUAAAAGGUUUCUUAACACCUUGGAGGACAGUUUAACUCCAUAUUGGCGGGUUAAUACAGAUGUGCUAGCCUAUUGAUUAAGGUGUUAGAGUAUCAAUCGGAAGGUUGUGAGUUCAAAUCCCAGGUCCGCCAAGCUGUCAUUGUUGGGCCCCUGAGCAAAGCCCUUAACCCUCAAUUGCUUAGUUGCAUAAAAUGAGAUAAAAUGUAAGUCGCUCUGAAUAAGGGCAUCUGCCAAAUGCUGUAAAUGUGAAUGUCAAUGUAAAUAUGAAGCUCAUGUGAAAGUAGACACUCAGAGAUUUAAGAAUUUUUAGUUUGUCUUAAGUAUUUCUGUUUUUUUCCCCAAGCCUAUUAAAGGUGAUAUUUUGAAAGAAAAGUAAAAAAAAAAAUGUUUUUUUUUUCACACAGGUGAUUACUUUUUAUUUAAAGUAAAUUGUGAUAUCAAACCUAGUUCUGCUCUCUAAAAAUUCCCCAAGUGCUUGUUCAGAUUCAGCAAUUUGAAGGCAUCCUCUUCAACCAGUAAAAUUCUGUGUAAGGCUAUCUAACAAGAUACAAGAGGAGGACAGUUGCAGUAUUUAUACAGCAGCUUUUCCCUCCAGAGAAGAAAUUAUGGCUCAGCUGCUGAACUUUUUGGAGGACCAGAUGCGCACCAGUAUGUGGACUGGUGUGCUGAUUGGAGUGGUAGCUGCUGUCUCACUCAUUAGUGUUAUCAUAUAUUUGCUGUACAGAAGAUACAAAACAAAACAGCAACCUGAAACCCCCAAGUAUCGCUUCAGGAAAAGGGAUAAAGUGAUGUUUUAUGGCCGGAAAAUAAUGAGAAAGGUGCAGACGUUAUCUUCUGCAGCCAAUUCAGGUCCAGUGUCUCAAAAACGAACCAGAAAGAGACCCAAAGUUCUUUCAAUUGCACGCAAGAUAUUGCAUAUGCGGCGGGAGCCGCCCACUCUUCAACCCAAAGAGCCGCCCCCGUCAGUUCUGGAGGCAGAUUUAACCCAGUUUGAUGUUCAGAACUCUCACCUGCCAUCUGAGGUCCUGUACAUGCUUAAGAACGUCAGGGUUCUGGGUCACUUUGAGAAGCCCCUGUUCCUGGAGUUGUGCAGACACAUGGUGUUCAUCGAGCUACAGCAGGGAGAGGGACUUUUCCGGCCCGGAGACACAGACGACAGCAUCUUUGUUGUGCAGAAUGGCCGACUUGACCUCUGUGUUAAUCAGACUGACGGCACAGAGCUGGUGGUAAAGCAUGUUUUGCCUGGAGACAGCGUUCACAGUCUGCUUAGUAUCCUGGAUGUCAUUACUGGAUAUCCAGCCCCCUAUAAGACCGUAUCAGCCCGUGCUGCAGCUCCAUCCACCGUUCUCCGUCUCCCUGCUGCAGCCUUUCAGUCAGUGUUUGAGAAAUAUCCCGAAACUCUGGUCCGGGUCGUUCAGAUCAUGAUGGUGCGUCUGCAGAGAGUGACCUUCCUCGCCCUGCACAACUACCUGGGGCUGACCACCGAGCUGUUUAACACGGAAAGUCAGGCCAUUCCUCUGGAGAACGUGGCCAGGGUUCUGGGAGAGGGAAGCCCAGGGCGAAGCUAUCGCAGACACUCGCACACUGGAGAGGAGGCUACAGCUGAGAAACUUGCGCAUGGAAGCACAGAGAAGCAAAGCGCUGCAGGUGAUGGGAAGCCCAGUCCCAUGCAGAGUCCGUCAAUGGCCUUCAGGAAAUCUCGUUCCAUGUCCACUCCGUCAGAGAGCUCAAUUUCAGCAGGAGACGGCGAUCUCAGCGCAGCCUUUGAUGAAGUGACGGCUCAAAAAAACGAACUUCCUUCAAACCCUGUAGCGUACAAGUCAAUUCUGAAGAAGAGCGUGACCAUGCAGCCUGCUCCCUCUGCCGUGUACCACUACUCUGACACCGGGGGGCACUCCGGCAACGUCCACCACAACAAAGUCAACGCCAUCUUCCAGGCUGCCAAGAAAGACCUGCUCAAGAUCAUCCAGCUCCAGGAUCCAAGUCUUCUGGAAGGCAGGGUUACUCUGAGACAAGUAAAGGCUGGAAGUGUGAUAUCAAACCAAGGAGACCAGGAUGUGAGCAUGCAGUUUGUGAUCUCUGGCAUGCUGCAUGUGUACCAGCGGAUGAUUGACAGAGACGAGGACUUGUGUCUGUUUGUGACUCACCCGGGUGAGCUGGUGGGUCACCUGGCCGUGCUCACAGGAGAGCCGCUCAUCUUCACUGUACGUGCUAACCGGGAUUGUAGCUUCCUAUCCAUCUCCAAAACACACUUUUAUGAGAUAAUGCGUGAGGAGCCACAGGUGGUGUUGAACGUGGCUCACACAGUGGUGCGCAGACUCUCGCCCUUCCUCAGACAGAUUGAUUUUGCACUCGACUGGAUGGCUGUGGAGGCCGGAAGGGCUGUCUAUAGGCAGGGUGAAAAGUCAGACAGCACCUAUAUCGUGCUGAGCGGUCGUCUGCGCUCAGUCAUCAUGAGGGAGGACAAGAAGAAAGAGCUGACCGGAGAGUACGGGAGAGGCGACCUCAUCGGCGUGGUGGAAGCUCUGACUCACAUGAACCGUGCCACCACAGUCCACGCGGUCAGAGACUCAGAGCUGGCUAAGCUGCCUGAAGGAGCGCUGACCUCCAUCAAAAGAAAAUACCCUCAGGUUGUGACUAGACUGAUUCAUCUCCUCGGUCAGAAGAUACUGGGAAACAUGCAGCAAGUCAGUGGUCCGUUAUCAGCACAUGGUCUGGGUGUGCACUCUUCUGGCAGUAAGUGGGAUGCGGGUAAUCCUGUCUCCAACCUAUCCACCGUUUCCAUCCUUCCUGUGUCUGAUGACGUGCCCAUGACAUCCUUUGCUCUGGAGUUGCAGCAUGCUCUCAGCGCUAUUGGCCCUACUUUACUCCUGACCAGUGACAUCAUCAAACAGCGUCUGGGUGCCGCAGCACUCGACAGCGUUCAUGAGUAUCGGUUGUCCAAUUGGCUGGGCCAGCAAGAGGAUAUUCACAGGAUUGUUGUGUACCAGUCAGACAGCACGCUGACGCCGUGGACGCAGCGCUGUAUCCGCCAGGCUGACUGUAUUCUCAUUGUGGGUCUGGGAGAGCAGGAGCCCACAGUCGGAGAGCUGGAGCAGAUGUUGGAGGGCAGCGCGGUUCGGGCUCAGAAACAGUUGGUGCUCCUGCAUCGUGAGGACGGACCUCCACCUAGAGGAACAGCCGAAUGGCUCAACAUGCGCAGCUGGAUCUCCAGACACCUGCACCUGUCAUGCCCUCGCAGGGUUUUCAGCCGCAGAAGUCUGCCCAAACUGAGAGAGAUGUAUCAGCGUGUCUUUGAAAAGCCCCCAGACCGCCACUCUGAUUUUUCUCGCCUGGCUCGAGUGCUGACAGGCAAUGCCAUAGCCCUGGUGCUUGGGGGAGGAGGUGCUAGAGGCUGUUCUCAGGUGGGAAUCAUCCGGGCUCUGUGUGAAGCAGGGAUCCCUGUUGAUCUGGUGGGUGGUACUUCUGUCGGCUCCCUGAUGGCGGCGCUGUUUGCCGAGGAGAGAAGCUACAGCCGAAUGAGAGUCAGAGCACGCGAAUGGGCCAUAGACUUUGGAUCGAUGUUUAAGAAGAUCCUGGACCUGACAUAUCCAGUGACCUCCAUGUUCACUGGCGCAUCCUUUAACUCCAGCAUCAGUGCGUUGUUUAAGGACAAACAAAUUGAGGACCUUUGGAUUCCAUACUUUAACAUCACUACAGACAUCACCGCCUCUGCCAUGAGAGUGCACACUGACGGUUCUCUGUGGAGGUACGUGCGUGCCAGCAUGUCUCUCUCGGGCUACUUGCCUCCACUUUGUGACCCAAAAGAUGCACAUUUACUCAUGGAUGGUGGUUAUAUCAACAACCUGCCCGCUGAUGUAGCUCGCUCUAUGGGUGCCAAAGUAGUGAUAGCGAUUGACGUAGGCAGCCAGGAUGAGACCAACCUAACCAACUACGGAGACUCUCUGUCCGGGUGGUGGCUGCUAUGGAAACGCUUUAACCCUCUAGCAGAGAGAGUGAAGGUGCUGAACAUGGCUGAGAUCCAGACGCGACUGGCCUACGUGUGCUGCGUGCGUCAGCUGGAAUUGGUGAAAGACAGCGACUACUGCGAGUACAUCCGGCCUGCUAUUGACCGCUAUGGUACUCUAGAGUUCGGCAAGUUCGACGAGAUCGCCGAUGUCGGCUAUCAGCACGGGAAGACGGUGUUUGAUCUGUGGUGUCGCAGCAGUGUGGUGGAGAAAAUGCUGAAAGAUCGACAUCAGGAGGAGUUCCACAAGAGCAAGAGCACCAAUGUGGUGACCUGUCCUAAUGCCUCGUUCACUGACCUGGCUGAGAUCGUGUCCCGGAUAGAGCCGGUGAAACAGGCCAUAGUGGAAGAGGAAUCAGAGUAUCACACAGACUACGAUGAGGACAUAGUGCUGUCCGACUUGGAUUUGUCCAACGCCUGCAGCGAGCACGAGCACACAGAGGAAGAGGACGAGAAUACAGAUGAGACGGCUGACACUGGCGAUACGGAUGAAGAUAUACAGACAGUGAGAAGACAAAGGCGGCAUCGGAACACCAAUCACACGAGCCAGGAGUGAGGAUGCUAGAGGUGUAACCAUCAGAUGAUUUGGAUCGAUGCAACGGUUGAGAUCAGAUUGUAUUAAAUUGCAGAUUCAGUUGUAUUUUCAAAUAACAAAUUGCUGCCUGGGGGGUGG